AUGAACUUCGCCGUGGGUUUCAAGCCGCUGCUCGGGGAUGCGCACAGCAUGGACAACCUGGAGAAGCAGCUCAUCUGCCCCAUCUGCCUGGAGAUGUUCUCCAAGCCCGUGGUGAUCCUGCCCUGCCAGCACAACCUGUGCCGCAAGUGCGCAAACGACGUCUUCCAGGCCUCGAACCCUCUGUGGCAAUCCCGGGGCUCCACGGCUGUGUCAUCAGGAGGCCGUUUCCGCUGCCCAUCUUGCAGGCAUGAGGUUGUCCUGGAUCGACAUGGAGUCUAUGGCCUGCAGCGAAACCUGCUAGUGGAGAACAUUAUUGAUAUUUACAAGCAGGAAUCCUCCAGGCCACUGCACUCCAAAGCGGAGCAGCAUCUCAUGUGUGAGGAACAUGAGGAUGAAAAGAUCAACAUCUACUGCCUGAGCUGUGAAGUGCCCACCUGCUCUCUCUGCAAGGUCUUUGGGGCCCACAAGGACUGUGAAGUGGCACCACUGCCCACCAUUUACAAACGCCAGAAGAGCGAGCUCAGCGAUGGCAUCGCGAUGCUGGUGGCGGGCAAUGACCGGGUGCAAGCAGUGAUCACGCAGAUGGAGGAGGUGUGCCAGACCAUCGAGGACAACAGCCGCAGGCAGAAGCAGUUGUUAAACCAGAGGUUCGAGACCCUGUGCGCCGUGCUGGAGGAGCGCAAGGGCGAGCUGCUGCAGGCGCUGGCCCGGGAGCAGGAGGAGAAGCUGCAGCGUGUCCGCGGCCUCAUCCGCCAGUAUGGAGACCACCUGGAGGCCUCCUCCAAGCUGGUGGAGUCGGCCAUCCAGUCCAUGGAGGAGCCCCAAAUGGCGCUCUACCUCCAGCAGGCCAAGGAACUGAUCAAUAAGGUCGGGGCCAUGUCGAAGGUGGAGCUGGCGGGGCGGCCCGAGCCGGGCUACGAGAGCAUGGAGCAGUUCUCGGUGAGCGUGGAGCACGUGGCCGAAAUGCUGCGGACCAUUGACUUCCGGCCCGGAGCAGCCGGGGAGGACGAGGAUGAGGAGGUGGCGUUCGACGGGGACGACGGUAACGCGGGCCCCGAGGAAGAGCGGCCGAGCGCAUCAGAAAGCCUGCACUGACCCGACCCCCGGUGGAGAGCCCGCCCCGGUCCCGCGCCAGCCUGGUGGAG